CCUUCUUUUUUAAUAGACAUUGUUACAAGCAAUAAUGGCACGCUCAAGUCAAGAUGGUGAAAUUGAAGCUGAUGAUGCAUGGUCAUCCAUGCCCAAUCGUGUGAGUUCCUUCCAGCACUUCCCCCGUACUGAAGAAUUUUCAGCCGAGCGCCUGGCCCGGGCAGGCUUUUAUUUUACAGGUCAGGCAGACAGGGUGCGCUGUUUUAGCUGCCAUGCAACCGUGGAGGACUGGAACAGAGGGGAUGCCCCACUGAUGAGACAUCAGCAAGCAUCUCCCAGCUGCAAGUUCCUCAGCUGUGCUCAUGGUUUGAGAGCCUCCGACCUCAUUCGAAGCCCUGCUUACGACGAAGAGGCCGAAGCCAUGGAGUUCCAGCUCCGCACGGGAGAGGUGGUGGAUCAGACCAUUUAUCCCAUUGUGCCACACAUGAAGAGCGAGGAAGCUCGGCUGAAUACUUUCAGUGAGUGGCCUGCAGACGCUCCAGUUCAACCCGAAGACCUGGCGGCAGCAGGGAUGUAUUACUUAGGACCAAAU